AUGCCCAAACGGCCUGGUUCUCCCAUCGAAUCCAAUGCACCAGCUAAAAUAACCCGCUUCUUUCAAUCCAAAUCUUCUGUCAGCGAGCAGCGCGUUCAAAAGAGUGCAGCAAGCGCGUUAACAAGCGUCGAGUCAAAGCCCGUGACGGUGACGAAUACAGGCAAAAGUGAGGACGCAGAUGGCCCUCCCACUACAACCGGUGAAAUCACGAAUGAAAUGUCUACGAUGGAACUUUCUGAAGAGGACAAGAUUGAAAACUUGUUGAAUUUGUCGAAUUUGCAAAGCCAAGACGAGAUCAAAGCUCGGUUUGAAAAAGUUGCCACAGCGUUGUUUAGUCAGUAUCGACUACGCGUGUCUCGUAGCAAGGAAAACCCGCGUCGAAAGAAGGCGACCGAGGUCGUGCAAGCUGAGCAAGAACAGACAAGCGCUGGGGCGAAUGAAGAGGAGGAGACCGAGGAAGUUCUCGAACAUACCGACCUUCAGAUUAUGGAAAUGGAGUUUUAUUUGAUCAGCCCGGAUAUUCAUGAAGAUCCGUUUUGUCAUGGGAGCAUGGAGCAAGUACGGUACUUUCAUCGCGCUCCCAAGUUCAACAACCCAGGUGAAAUUGGCGCUGCAGUAGGCGGUGCCUACCGCGUUGGUUCACGCAAAGGAGUAGAUCUUACACUCGGUGGUCCGGUAAUCCCACCCGGUUCUGAAUCCGCCUCCUCCCCUUCCAAAUCUGGACCGCCCAUCCGUGGGGGGAUCCUCCUCCGAUCCAUCCGCGUCGUCAAAACUGGCGUGAUCAUCUCUGGCCCCUCUCUCCUCGUCGACUUUAUCUUGACGACAGCAGGUGCCGACGACCUCAACACACUCGUAGACGAACACUGGAAAGGCGACAUCUUUGCCCUCUCCCCUUCCAACAACAGCGACACCCCCACAACAAAAGGGGGUCGACUCUCCCGUCUGUCUCUCAUCCCCUUGGCCCAAUCCAACUCGUCUAAAAAGGUACAGCAACGACUGGGUGAGCCUGUCAGGGCGGUCCCGAAGAUUUAUCGGACGCCUCGAAUCGGGUUGGAUCUCGGACACUACAUGUCCAAACCCGUCAAAGAAAAUUUGAGGGUGUCGUUUGUGUCGCGCCCGUAUCGUUACCUCAUUGAGCCGCACCUCCUCAAGGUCAAUGGCCGCGCUCAGACGUUUGCGGGGAUGUUGAAGGCGACGAUGAGAGAAUUUGGGUUGCGUACGGUGCCGCUUGGUGCGUCGGAUACGGCCAAAGUGUUGAAAAAGAUUGAAAAGGAGGGAGGGUAUACGACCAAGACGGCUAGGUCGUACUUGGACUAUUAUACGACCGGGGUGCAGUCUGGGUGGAGUAGGUUGGGAACGUUUUGUGGGGCAAAUGGAAAAGGGGUAUGUCAAUCUCCGGAAAAGGUGUUGCAAAUGUUUGGAAUCCUCAGUGAAUUGGACGCAUGA